ACAUUAUAUAGCUUCCAUCCUAUAAUAUUUUUCUUAUUUUUGAUAAUUAAGAGAAAUAAUAAAGUUUUGAAACUUAGCUUUUAAAAUAUUAACCUUAAUCUCAAGUAGCUUGAAUUUUAAGGUCAAGAUAAUAAAAUUGAGCUUAUUUCUUGAGAUAAAUAUAAUAAAUAAAUAAAUAGCAAUCGGGGUUCUGAUCGUACGUAAGUCCCGGACUUCCAGGCCCAAAAGAUGUGGAAACCGAUUACAAUACAAAUUUCAUUACCUGCAGGAAUUGCACCGUCUUCAGAUCUUCUACAUUAUUUAUUGAAUGCGAAUUCCGUUUUCCUAAAGGAAAGUACACCUCAAAAAGGAAGCAGAGAGAACAGACCGGGCCUUUGUUUCUACUGUCUUGUAGUUUGCUUAUGGAGGGUUCUUGUUGUUUUUUUUAUUAGAAGACAUGGAUUUAGAUAAUGAUGGGUUCGUGGAGAAAGAUCCAACAGGUCGGUACGUCAGGUAUGACGAAAUCUUGGGAGGAGGAACAGUCAAGACUGUAUAUAGGGCUUUUGAUGAAGUUGAUGGAGUUGAAGUAGCGUGGAAACAAGCAAACGUCGAAGAUGUAUCGCAAAAACAACUAGAAAGAUGGACUUCUGAGGCUCGCUUAUUGAAGUCGUUGAAAAAUAAGAACAUAAUCAAGUUUUAUGAUUUUUGGAUCGAUGAUGAGAAGAAAACUCUUAACAUGAUAACUGAGAUAUUCGUUUCUGGGAGUUUGAGCCAGUAUUGCAAGAAACACAAGGAUGUUGAUACGAAGGCUAUUAAGAACUGGGCAAGGCAGAUUCUCCGAGGUUUGCACUAUUUACAUAAUCAUGAACCUCCUAUCAUUCUUGGCAAUUUGAAAUGUGAUAGCAUAUUUGUUAAUGGAAACAAUGGAGAGGUUAAGAUUGGAGAUCUUGGAUUAGCCAUUGUUACGCAACAGCCUACUGGUUCAAGUGAUUUAGGUACUCCAGCGUAUAUGGCUCCUGAGCUUUGUGAAGAUGAAUACAAUGAGCUUGUCGAUGUUUAUUCUUUCGGCAUGUGCAUGUUAGAGAUGGUUACUUGUGAAUAUCCAUACUGUGAAAUAAAAAAUCCAGGGCAGGUAUACAAGAAGGUUAUCUCAGGCGUGAAGCCGGCUUCCCUCAACAAGGUGAAUGAUCCCCAAGUUAAACAAUUCAUAGAGAAGUGCCUAGUUCCAGCCUCUUUGAGAUUGCCGGCGAUAGAGCUUUUGAAAGAUCCAUUCCUAGCAACUGAAAAUUCAAAAGAUACUGUUUCUGGUUCUAUGAAGUUACCAAAUAAUCUUAUGCCCAAACAAGUGAUCAACUUGCCACAUUCAGAAUCCCGUUCGAUGGACAUUGACGACAAGAAGCUUCUGGUAGGAUCUUGUAAAGAAAGUAUCGAUGAGAAGCUCCAGUUUUCAACUCUAGAAAUUUGUAAGUUCACCGAGAAAAAUGAAUUCAGAUUAAGAGGGGAGAAAAUCGACAGCAAUACGAUUUCAUUGAAUUUGAACAUUACGGAAACUUCAUGUAGUCUUGAAAGGAAAGUGGAGUUUCCUUUUCAUCUUGACUCAGAUACUGCAGUUUCGGUAGCUGAGGAGAUGGUUGAACAACUUGGAUUGUCACCUGAAGAUGCAGCUUAUAAUGCUGAGUUGAUUGAUAUCUUGGUAAUGAAGCUGGUUCCUAGCUGGAAAACUUCACGUGGAAGCAUCGCGAAUGCACCUGAGAGGCAUCCUGAUUGCUCACAAUCUGUCAGAGAUCAAGAGGCUCUACAAUCAAUUAAUUUAGAAAUUUCUGCCGAACAUGAUGUGACAAUUUCCUUUCGUGCCAGCACUAACAAGCCUUUGGGAUCUUCCCAUUGCAGUCUUCAAUUGAAUACUCACAAUUUGGGCUCAGAUUUUAGGACACAUGAUGAUGGACGUCUACCAGAACACAAAAAAUCUGCAAGAAGAUUUCUGGGCUUCUGUAUUGGUUCAUGCUUUGGUAUGAAAAAUAUGAGAGCUGGUCCUCCAUCUGCUACCCAUACCAAGCAGAGGAAAUUGACGAGCGAAAGAUAGAUCUCGAUGCAAUUGAUUUCAUUGUAAAGAGCAUGUCCAAGAACUCAUGAGGAUAAUGGGGGAAGCAAUGGAAAAAUCCACAAAGAAGAUAACUUUAUGAUGAUUAGAUAUUGCUUUAUGGGUGGUUUACAUCUUGUAAUUGGAGUUUUGAAUGAUUUUCUUUGCCAGAUUUUGCUGUUCAUUUGGCUAGCAGUUGAUCAUUCGGUUUAGUUGCAACUGCAAUUGUAAUUAUACCGAGCAAGUAUUCUUGUACAGAGAAUUCAAAGAACUUGUUUAAUCUCUCUGUCCGAUCUGUUUUCUUUUCCUGCAAGCUUCUGAACUCUAAAGAAAUUGACCGAGUAAAAGCUUUUUUUGUCA